AUGAAGACGCACAUCCAGAUAGCAGUCCCGGCAGUUCUUCGUCUGCCUGGUUUCUGGGAGAAUUGGAGUUUGGAAAUGUUGGUUUUUGGGAAAAGAGGGAAAAACUGAUGUACCCAAAGAAAAACCCCUUGGAGCGAGGACAGACCCAACAAUAAACUCAAUUAAUUAACCCACGCUGUAUGGUGUCGACGCCGUGAUUUGAACAAGGGCCAUGUUGGGAGGCCAGUUCUCCCACCAUUACAUAGCUGGCUGCACGACAUAAUUUCUCAAGAUUUCUAUUGAUAUGCCCUAAAAAAAGCUUAAAAUACUGUAUAUUUGUCCUGACCUUUAGUGUUACAGUUUCACUACCGUCUGGCCACAGCGGUCUGCCAUCUCUGUUCCCGGAACAGAGAUGGCAGACCGCUGUGGCCAGACGGUGGUGAAACUGUAACACUAAAGGUCAGAACAAAUAUACAGCCGAGGUGGCCAUUGUAGAUUCAACUGUAUUUUUUUCUUGCAGUGUUUCUCCUGGAGCCAGGAGGAAAAGGUCGAUGCUUAAUGAACACGGAAUUUGCAGGCCAUACGGUCGAAUAUUCCAAAACGGUGGUUACUGCAAAUCUGUCCUAAACAAUUUGCCGGUCUACGGAAAAGAUCUAAGCGAGCUCUACGUCAAUGAAAGAAAGUUUCAGCUUUAUCAAGUGGCAAAGGAUUUCCUUUUGAAAACUCGUGAAAAUUCAACGAACAAGCCUUCAGUGAUGUUAGACUCUUCUUUCGAGGUGCGCCAAAGCUGUCUGAAAGCGGUCGACGAUAUAUAUUGCCACCAUUACUUUAAACGCUGUUACCUUUCCAGUGGUCCUCAGAUUCUUUGCAGAGAAGCGUGCCAGGAUCUAUUCUUCAGACUAUGUAAUCGGGAAUUCAAACUAGUCUCAGACUUUAACAAGGAAAGGCAGUACCAGACACCAGAAUAUCCCUUUUUUUGGGACAUCAUUAACUGUACAAUCUUGCCGUUUCAGAAUGAGUCGAGUAAUUGCUACUACCCGGACAAAAUCCGAGGUUAGUUUAAAAAAACAGGACCCUAGAGUGAUAGGUUCCUGAUAAAAACAUUCAUAUUUGCCUUUCUACGCCUAUUCGUAGCACAUAUUCUUGUAGGUUAAUCAGACUUCAAAUGGACAAACAAUGAAUGCCAGACGGCUAUGUACAAGCACGGCCGAGGAGUUGAAAUCGUGGUUGACGAGUUAUUAACUGCGAUUUAGACUGACAUAUAUACUUCAGAUUGCAUGUACAGCGCGCAUGCUCUGACCACGCGGCCGUUUACGCUCUCGUCCCUAAGGUCCGAUCUUUUUAGUCAGCGCUCUCGAUCCGCGGCGCUAACCAAAAGGAUCGCACAAAGGAGAAUGGGCCGUUUAAUAAAUUGGAAUCAAGAAGUUUGAGCAACAUAAGGAAAAAUUUUAAUAUAAUGGCUCAGGGGAUACUAACUUCUUCUUCUUCUUCUUCUUUUAAGUUUUGACCAGAAAAGCUUAACGUGCUGGAAAGUGAAGGUAAGUUAGAUAAUCGUAGGUAAAAAAAAAAAAGAGAUCAAAUUAGACUUUAGCUACUGAAUUUACGUUGCAACAGAGAGCGUUAAACUCGAAAGAACACAUUAACAAAAAAUCCCUUGUCCUUUUUGAUGCGUUUUUCUUGUAACUAUAUUGCCAAAACACGGAAACUAACUGUUAUUUUUCUGAUUUCUCGCACUUUGGUGUUUUCGACUAAAUUAGGUUGACUGGUUAUUUAAGUGCAUUACUAUUGUACAGUUUAAUACAAUGAAGUUAUGGUGAAAACUCAUACGUAUCAACUCUUACCACAGGUUGUUUCUAUGGCGACGGACGUGGAUACCGUGGCAACAUAAGUACUACCAUUUCAGGUUACACGUGCCAGUCGUGGGACUCACAGUACCCUCAUGUGCACAAGAUGUUCACUGGACAAAUUUAUAACGAGAUCAGAAAUAGUAGCAAUUACUGCCGCAAUCCAGGAGGACUAAGUUUGAAUGGACCAUGGUGUUACACUACUAAUAAGACCGUAGAAUGGGAACUCUGUGAUGUGCCUAAAUGUGCCCAACAACGUAAGUACAGUAUUAUAGUCCUGGCGAAAACCGGACUCCAGUCGAACAUCUCAUUACGGACCUCUCUCUUACAAAGAACUUUUAGUACUAAGACAAGAGCGACUAAGGAGGACGAGAUUUUCCAAUGUUAAGUAGUGCACGAGCGUGAACCAGAGUCAUUAUAUUUUGGCCGGGAAACGUGGUAGCCGUCGUCAGUCUACCACGCCCAGUUUAAGGGAAAAUAUCGUAGAGGCGGGAACAAGCCAUCCACUGUUAGAAGUUUUAUCAUUUUGCGAUCGGGAGAGGUCUUAACUUCCUUAAAUAAAAAUUUUCGUUCUGACCUUUCUGAUGGAAAAGGUACAAUGAAGCUCCCCGGGAUGUUUUCAUUUUAUUUAUCAAUUAUGUUAAUUUCGAUCUGUUACCGUUCCAAAAACACACCUACAUCUUACAGAUUUUAAACUUUACCUCUCUUCUUCAGCCCCUUCCAGUCCACCCAGUGAUUUUCGAGGUCACAACGUGAGUUCAACUAGUGUUAAAACUUUUUGGGGAGAAGUACCAAAACCCUCCAUACAUGGAAUACUUCUUGGGUUUUACCUGCUUUGUGAGAAACUAAACUCGUCAAGCAGACGUUUUGCUAAAUUGGCGCCCGAAAUUCGUACGUGGGAGUUAAAAGGCCUGGAAAAAUUCACAAAUUAUAGCUGUUGGUUGAGGGCUUUCAACAACUUUGGAAACGGUAUUCAGUUCUAUAUUCAGGAAGACUGAAAGAGCAUAGAGAAAGAGGAAUGAGAGAUAAAUGGCUUGUACCAAAUUUGCAUGCUGCUUAUUGCAUUCUUAGUCCUCCUGCGGGAGGGUACCCUUUGUGUUAGCCUGCUCUCAUACUUUCUUUAGAUCCAUAUAUUAAUCUGCGUUUGAUUCGCUAAAAGAGUCCUGGAGAUAUGUAAGUGCGCCAUUUUCGGUAAAGUAUAGUCAAAAUAACAAACAGUCGAACGUAAGUAAGUUUACCUUGUAAUCAAGAGGAGCCAUGCAGUCUCACCUUAAAAUACAAUGAAAGUAUCUGGUUGUCUUUUUAAGCUCCAAGCGCUCCGCCUGAAAAGUUAGAAGCCUGGAAUAUAAGCUCUACCAGCUUGUACAUGCAGUGGGACCCAAUACCCACCAACCAACGUAACGGAGAAGUUCUGGGAUAUAACGUAGAGAUAAAGCCAGAUGAUCAAAUGUAA